AUGACCGCGACCGCAGCCCUCCUGCCCGUCCUCUUGCUCCUGCUGGCCUUCGGCCACAGUGUCCAUGGAGCUGAAUGCUUCCCGGCCUGCCACCCCCAAAAUGGAUUCUGCGAGGAUGACAAUGUUUGCAGGUGCCAGCCUGGCUGGCAGGGUCCCCUGUGUGAUCAAUGCGUGACCUUUCCUGGCUGUGUUAACGGACUCUGCGUGGAACCCUGGCAGUGCAUUUGUGACCAUGGCUGGGACGGGAACCUCUGCGACAUAGACGUCCAGGCUUGCGCCUCGACCCCCUGCGCCAACAAUGGGACCUGCGUGAACCUCGAUUCCGGCCACUAUGAAUGCUCCUGCGUCCCUGGGUUCUCGGGAAAGGACUGUCAGAAGAAGGAUGGGCCCUGCGUGAUCAAUGGUUCCCCCUGUCAGCACGGAGGCACCUGCGUGGAUGAUGAGGGCCGGGCCUCCCAUGCCUCCUGCCUGUGCCCCCCUGGCUUCUCAGGCAAUUUCUGCGAGAUCGUGGCCAACAGCUGCACCCCGAACCCGUGCGAGAACCAAGGCAUCUGCACCGACAUUGGGGGCGACUUCCGCUGCCGAUGCCCCGCCGGCUUCGUGGACAAGACCUGCAGCCGCCCCGUGAGCAACUGCGCCUCCGACCCGUGCCUCAAUGGGGGCACCUGCCUGCAGCACACCCAGGUGAGGUACGAGUGUCUGUGCAAGCCCGAGUUCACGGGCCCCCUCUGUGGCCGGAAGCGCGCCCCGAGCCCCCAGCAGGUGACCCGUCUGCCCAGCGGGUACGGGCUGACCUACCGCCUGACCCCCGGGGUGCACGAGCUGCCAGUGCCCCAGCCCGAGCACCGCAUCCUGAAGGUGUCCAUGAAGGAGCUCAACAAGAGCACUCCCCUCCUCUCCGAGGGCCAGGCCAUCUGCUUCACCAUCCUGGGCGUGCUGACCAGUCUGGUGGUGCUGGGCACCAUGGGCAUCGUCUUCCUCAACAAGUGCGAGGCCUGGGUGUCCAACCUGCGCUACAGCCGCAUGUUGCGUCAGAAGAAGAACCUGCUGCUGCAUUACAACAGCGGGGAGGACCUGGCGGUCAACAUCAUCUUCCCCGAGAAGAUCGACAUGGCCACCUUCAGCAAGGAGGCCAGCGAAGACGACAUCUAA